AUUUUCCAGCGCCAUUCACCCCAAUAACUGCAAUGAGAGGAUGGCUGCUCAUGGUCUUAGGCCUGGAAGACGCUGUUUGGUAGCUUGCGAUGGAGCAUUGAAUGAAAGUAUCGACGACCACAGAGUUAUUUACAAUUUUAUCAGGACACCUUCACUUGGAUCUAUGACCUGUGAUGUGCCGACCCGGAACAACGCACAUCACUCUGCAUGUAGCAGAUGGCCCGUCACGACAAUGCCGUUACCAAAUCUCGAGAGAAGACUGGCAUCCUAGUACUGGGACCGACAGGAGCUGGAAAGUCCUCGUUCAUUGCCACAGUCACAGGCUCACCUGUAGUCAUUGGGCACGAUGUAACGUCUGGUAAAAUCUCAUACCUAAUCUUUAGUUAUACCUUUGACCCCAUCCAGAAACCAAGAUUUGUCGUGCAUGGAAAUGGGAUACUAGGAUUAGAGAUCCUUUCUGAAAUCGUGGAGUUUCUUCGUCAGAAUCAGCACCACAUUGCAGGUGUAGUCUACCUUCACCAUAUACAGGAACGUCGUCUGACCGGAACGUUGCGACUGAGCCUCCACCUGCUGCAACCUAUAUGUGGUGAGCAUUUCUACUCUCACCUAGCGAUUGUAUCAACGAUGUGGGACACGUUGCCACACGGUUCACCAACGAUCGAAGCCGAACGACGACAGAAGGAAUUCAGACAAGGGGACGAUCCCGUCGUUUGGAAGGACAUGCUGGAUAAAGGCUCUGACUACGGGCGAUAUAUUGGGGUAGACUGCUCAAGUAGAGCGAUCAUCACGUCGCUAUUGAGUAAGCAUCGUGCUCCCCCUUUGUUGUUAGAGCUGGAACUCAAAGACCGCGAACGCGCACCCGAAGAUACAAGCGCGGGCUCGGUCCUCAUGGCUGAGGCGAAGGCACGCGAAGAAAAGCUGCAGCGAGAGUUGAAGGAAGAACAAGAAGAGGCCCAAGAGCUGCACGGGAGGCUACAACAGAACAACCAGUUAGCGACCGAAAGCCGAGGCGUGGGAAACGGGAUUUCCCAAGGAGACAGGGAAGACCAGCGCAGAAUCGUAAGGAGACUCUUCGGGUGAUGGUGUUCAUAAAGUUUCUUUUCAUUUUCGCUAGAUCAUGUUGAAACCAAGGGUGGGAUAUGUUAUAAUUUCAUUUCUUCGGCAGUCAAUCAAUGACCUGUGGAUAAGCCAACCAGAUCCUUGUCGCUCGCCUUGAUAUCC